AUUGUCUGACCAUCUCUGACCUGACACCAUCAUGAUCCCCAUCUCUCUCUCCUACCACACCCCUUCUUGGAGGCUCCCCCCUUCUUUCCCAUAAUUGUACAACUUUGCUCUGUCCGUUCUGUCCUCCCCUUCCUUCCCUCACCUUAUCCUCAUUUAUUUCUCUUUUAAGUCCUUUUACCGACUCCUUUUCUGGUAAAAAUCAAAAUACACAAUAAAAAUCCCAGAUGCCUGUUUUUUAGUCCUUCCUUUGUGGUGGUGUUGGUGGCGGUGGUCCUUUGCUUGCACUUUCCCAAGUGGCAUGAAGGCAGAGGCAGUACCCAUGUUCCUAACCCAUAGCUAGCCCGCCUGCAUCUUCAGUACUAUACAAUUAUCAAAUUUUAAGCUACUGUAAUCUACGGGAGAUGGAUUCGAUCUUGGUGUAAAGAGGUAGCACACUACCCUAAUCAGCUGGCCUAGCUCAUGUCUUCACUUUCACGUUGGUAUUGGAUUGUACAUGCCUGAUGAAGGGCAAGCUGAUAACAUCACUCUUAAGAAAGUUUCUUGAAUUCUCCGUGUGAUUAGUCAUAUAGAAGAAACAAAGUCCUUGACUUCACUGCCCUGCUGAAACAUGUUAACACAAAACUUGAACUUGGAAUUUGAAAAUAAUUCAGAAGUCACGAACCAAGUAACUUCGAACGUACCUCUGCAAGAAGAAUCCCCUGACGCCUCUAAGGACAGCACAACCACUUCUUCGUGCCUCACAAAUCAGACAAACCAUCAACAACAAGAUCCCGGGCCUGUUUCACUUGACUUGACACUCCAGUUUUGCUCCAGCGACGUUGAAUUGAAGGGCACAGGGGAGACAAGUAGUGAGACAGCUGCACCCCCUACUUCAGAAGGAACAAACCCAAGGGUAUUCUCAUGCAACUACUGUAAGCGUAAGUUCUAUAGCUCACAGGCACUUGGUGGCCAUCAGAAUGCUCACAAGAGGGAGAGGACAAUGGCCAAGCGUGCUAUGCGUAUGGGAAUGUUUACCGACAGGUAUACUAGCUUGGCAUCUCUCCCCCUACAUGGUUCUGCCGCUUCUGCAUUCCGGUCUCUUGGCAUCCAAGCUCAUUCUGCAGUGCACCAAAACACGAUGGUAUCAUCAGAUCAUCCGAGGUUCCCUGUCCCCGACACAAGAGGCGUAGCGAGGUUUCAACAUGGCUAUUUUGGAGUGCCGGUGUUCAUGGACGAGGAUGACGAGGGCAUGUUUUGGCCCGGGAGUUUCCGGCAGGUAGGCAAGGGAGUUGGAGGUCAUUACAAUGUGCAAUCUGCACAAAAUCCAAACAUGAAUUCAGGAACAAGCAUGGCACCAAGAAAUAAUACAAGUUCGUCUUCACCUGAUCUUACUCUAAAGCUUUGAGAUUUUUGUUGUUGUGUUUAAUUAGAUAUAUUUCCUACUAAUUAAGCAUGCAUGCUGACAUUAAUCAAAUAGUAUUAAUAUUAACUUUGUGCAGUGAGAUAUGCCAUUUGUAACGGCUGCAGAGAUUUCUAAAUUGUUUUUCUGGUUGUAUCUGUUUCUUAAGUUCAUAAUUAAUUAAGGAUGUUCUUGUUGUUGCUA